AUGAUAAGUUCAAGGGUGAAUACUCGAGUUUGGCAGAGAUCAAUUUCUCUUUUGAGCCCACAAGCGGCCAAGACGGAGAGUACUGUUGUAAGUAGAGAGAAGACAUAUAUCGAGAAUUUAAGCAAGGAUAUUGCCACUUCCCGUUUCAAGCUAGUAGACGAAAACGGUAAGAUCGCAUCUAUCACUGUGCAACCGGAUAUUCCAAUUUGUAUUAAAAAGGACUGCCUAGUUUCCAUUCACAAUUUGAACCAUCUCUCCCUCUCCUAUAAAUGGCUCAACUUUUGGUCGAACUUGAUUAAAUUUCGUUCAUUUAAGUCCUCAUUGUUUCAUAGAAUUAUCGGAUCCUCCAGUUUGGAAAUUCUGGCUGCCCCAAACUUUGAAACGUCGGGAAGACCUUUCAAUUCUUCAAGAAGCUUGUCUGUACUAAAUCUGACUGGGACAAAGGAUUGGAAUGUAUUUGGCAAAGAUUCAAUAAUCGCGUUUGAACAGAACUCUAGUCUGGAAAUCAAAUCGCCUAUCUUUCCCACCGCAAGGUCUUUGGUCUCGAGCUCAGCAAAGUCACGACUACCACGGAAAUUUCAAAUUCUAAAUGGGAGAGGAAAUGUAUUAGUAUGUGGAGGUGGAUCGGUCUAUUCGAUUGAGUUAAUUGAUGAGAGUGACAAAAUACUGGUUAAUUCCAGAAACAUUUUGGCCAUUAACGGCCAAAGUCAAUUGGAUAUUGCAAAUUCAGUCGAGAGACAAGAAUUACACGUGGAAAGCGCGUACGUCGGAGAUACAAGUAAUGAUAAGGUAGUACCUAAAUUUAUCAAGAACCAAACGCUAAAAUCUGCUUACGGACACUCUGUUCGAUUUUUCAAAAGAAUGGGUAGUUGGAUCCGAAACCAGUACGAAAAAAGAUACAUUUAUGGUAUCGACUCGUAUUUUAUGAAGGUAAAGGGUCCAAGAACAAUCUUGAUUCAAACGCAUGAAAUGACAACAUCGAAAGAUAAUAUUCUAACUAAAUUAACAUCCAAGGGCCACGUCAAGAAGAGCAACGGGAACGAUAACGAUGUCAAUUUAGAGGAAGAAGUGGCUAAUGAUGUUAAUUCAAAGAUCAUCGAGCUUGCCAACAGGCCCUCAUUGUUUAUUGCGACCGUCUCACAGAAUGGAAAGGUUGAUUUUCAAAGUACUUCGAAGUUCAUAUAA